UGUUUGGCACCGCCAGGCUCCUGUAAGAGCAGCAGGUUGUGUACAAACACAAUGAAUGUUGUGAUAGACUCUGUGUGUUUGCUGUGGGAUGUCUGCCGAUAUAUUGUGCUUUCUGGGCUACGAUGGGUGGUGAAGCCAGAAGAGAAGUCAAUUGUGGAUGAUAUAUGCCUGGUAACUGGUUCUGGGGGUGGCAUUGGAAAACGCUUUGCUUUAGAAUUUGCCAAGAAAGGCGCCACCCUGGUACUUUUGGACUCUGAUCCAGAAUGCAUUGAGGUAACUGCCAUCGAAGUCAGAAAAUUGGGGGCCAAAGCCUUCACUUACACUUGUGACAUUAGUGACCGGCAACAGGUCUAUCGGGUGGCAGAGAACGUUAGGCGAGUGGUGGGAGAUGUGACCAUCCUAUUGAACCAUCCCAGCGCUGGCACAGGGAAAUCCUUCUUACACUGUGAGGAUGAAGAGCUGGAGAAGACACUCACAAACAACUGCCUUGCCAACUUCUGGACGGUUAAAGCUUUUCUCCCCAGAAUGAAUCAAAUGAACCAUGGACACAUCAUUACUGUUGCCAGCUAUCUGGGGCUCUUUGCUACUGCCAACAUGGAGGAUUACUGCACCGCUCACUUUGCUGCAGUCGGGUUCCAUGAGGCUCUCAGUCACGAGCUGAAGGCCAGGAGAAUCAGUGGGGUCAAGACCACGCUACUGUGUCCUUAUUUAAAAGACAUAGACGUGUGCAGCAGGUUCAAAAUAAGGAAGGAGCUUGCUUCGUUGUUUGCACCUCUAACAGCAGAGCAUUUUGUGAGAAAAGCAAUUAAUGGGAUUCUAACUGACCAGACCAUGAUGUGUAUGCCCAGGCUGCUGUACCUAGUGGCUUUUCUGAAGCAAGUUCUCCCCUGGGAAGUGCAGGGGCUGUAUCACCAUCUCAUUAAGAGCAGAGAGAAGCCGACAUGCAUGCAGAGCCAAUCCUCCAAUCAAAAUUAGCGAGAGAUGGACAAUCGAGUUCAGCAGGAACAUUCCACCUUCUGUAUUUCUUCUAUAGCCCCAUCAGUCUCUGUUAGCAGCUCCUGCAACUCCUAGGUGGGUUCUUAGAUACAAUGAUGUUAUGGUUGAUGGUUGAUAAGCAGGGAACCCCAGUUGGAGUUAUAGCGACAAUAGGUCAUAUCUACAUGUUUUUAAAAAGACAUUGGCACUCAGGGGUGGGUAUGGAGAUCGAAUGUCAUCUUUUGAAGAGCUGAACUUUCUACCAGAACUGGCUUCCCUCCUGCAGGGUCAGCAUCCAGCCCCUACUGUGCUCAAUCACAUGCACUUUAGGCUCUUACUGCUGAUACACACAAUAAAUCGGCUAAAUCACAA